CUGCCGGACCGGCAGAACCUUCUGGUUUAGCGUAGGCGGGAAGGAGAGCAAGCGAGCUCUUCGACAAUGGAAGCUUAGAAGCAGUCCAGUCAAAGAGAACCUGUCAUUCGUUGCAUUAAUCGACGAACCCGGCAAGUGUUUCUUCCUCCUCGUCGCAGUGCUCGUCUCUCACACGCUCGUACAUCACGUCGGGUACUUGGGGAUGGCUCGCAACAGAGAAAGUGUAGUUCUUGUUCUUGAUGUAGGUCCGACGAUGCACAAUAUUCUUCCUGACGUUGAAAAGCUCUGCACAACGCUUGUGCUGAAGAAGCUAAUGUAUGCUAAAUACGAUGAAGUCGGCAUUGUCCUGUUUGGCACAGAAGAAACCAAAAAUGACCUACAGAAGGAGGUGGGUGGAUAUCUGCAUGUUGUGGUUUUACAGGAUAUCAAAGUUGUAGAUGAUUUAAUAAUGGACACUUUGCGUGAACUUCCAAGAGGAACCCGGAAUGGAGAUUUCCUUGAUGCUAUUGUUAUCGGGAUGGAUAUGCUGAUAAAGAAAUUUGGACCUACAAACAAGGGAAAACAUCGCAUUUGUCUUAUAACCGACGCACAACAUCCAGUCAAGGAACCAGAUGAAGGCUCUAAGGCAGAUCAGGUUGAUACCAUCGGCCAAUUGAUGAAAAGUCAUGGAGUGAGAUUGGAUUGCAUAGUUGUAAGGGUUAAGUUGGCUGGGUUGAUUGAACAGAUGGCGGCAGAUGAGAAUAUUGAUUUACUGAAUCAAUUUUCAAAGAGUACGAUUUCUAAAAUCAUACAUGUUGAUGGGUCAAUAUCGUUGCUUGGGGCUCUUAGGACUCGAAACAUUUCCCCAGUUACUAUUUACAGAGGCGACCUUGAAUUAAGUUCGAGCAUGAAGAUCAAGGUUUGGGUUUACAAGAAAACAUCAGAGGAGAAAUUUCCUACAUUGAACAAAUAUUCUGACAAAGCACCAGGAAAUGAUAAAUUUGCCACUCAUGAACUCAAAAUUGAUUAUGAAUACAAAAACACGGAAGAUUUUGAUAGGAUUGUUCCCCCUGAACAAAGGAUAAAAGGCUAUCGAUAUGGACCUCAAAUUGUUCCUAUAUCCUCGGCUGAAUGGGAGGCAGUAAAGUUUACACCGGAAAAAAGUGUGAAGCUUCUUGGUUUUACUGAUGCUUCUAACAUUAUGCGGCAUUAUUACAUGAAGGAUGUAUAUGUAUUUAUUCCUGAACCGGGUAAUGUAAAAGCAAUCCUAGCAGUUUCUUCCCUGGCAAGAGCUAUGAAAGAAAUGAACAAGGUUGCAAUUAUGCGUUGUGUAUGGAGACAGGGACAAGGGAAUGUCAUAAUUGGAGUAUUGACACCUAAUAUCUCUUCUUCUGAUAAUAUUCCAGAUUCAUUUUACUUGAAUGUACUUCCUUUUGCCGAGGAUGUGAGAGAGUUUCAGUUUCCAUCAUUUAGUAAUCUACCUGCAUCACGCCUGCCAAAUGAACUACAACAGGAGUCAUCAGAUAACUUAGUCAAAAUGCUAGAUCUAGCCCCAGAUGGCCAGGAGUUACUGAAACCUGAAUUAACACCAAAUCCAGUACUACAGCGUUUCUAUCAGUCCCUUGAUUUAAGAUGGAAGCAUCCAGAUGCUCAGCUCCCCGAACUUGACGCAACCCUCAUGAGGAUGACUGGACCUGAUCCUAAUACUCUUUCUGCGCUGACGUCUGAAGUUGAUAGUUUCAGAAAGCAAAUUGAGCUGAAGGAUAAUCCAAAGAAAGGGCGGCCUAAGAAACUUGCAUUGCUAGAAAAACCAUCAGGCUCUAAUGAGGAAACUGCUGCUGUUGUUAAAGCAAUUGAUUAUCAAAGUGCCGCUCCUUCUGCAGUCAAGGUUGAAAAAAUUGGGCAUUCUAAUCCGCUUCAAGAUUUUGAAGCAAUGAUGGCACGCAGAGAUGGAUCAAAGUGGGUCGAAAAAGCAAUUAAAGAAAUGCAAUGCCAUAUUUAUGGCCUGUUGGAAAAUUCUUUUUUAGGAGAUAACUUCCUUAAUGCAGCUGAAUGUUUGAUGGCUCUUCGCAGCAGUUGCAUUCUGGAGCAGGAACCAAAGAAAUUCAAUGAAUUCCUGCAUUAUCUAUAUGAAAAUAAGAAGAAGUUGGAUCUCCAUGAGUUCUUUGAGCUACUUUCAUAAAAAAAUAUCACUUAUAUCACUAAAACUGAAGCCGCAGACAGUGAUGUGAAUAUGGAGGAGGCCAAAAUUUUGCCCAUAAAGAAUGAGAUAAUUUCCCAGGACUAAGUCUUAUGUGUUGGCUACUUAUCACUUGGGGUUACUGCUAUAUUAUUGGAAGGGACUACACUGGGGAUUCUUGUAAUUAGGCGGUCCUGCAGUUGACAAAUUUUGAGUUUUGAUAUGUGAAUUUUAUUCUGUUCAUGGCAUAUUAACCAUUCGCUUA